CGAGGCAUCUAGAGGCUCAUAAGACAGGACAUUUCCAAAUGUCCUUGGGAAGAAUCAUCUUAACUACACACAAUCUCCUUACCGAAACCAUUUCAAGUGAUGAAAACUUUGAGAUUCUACAACAAACCCCUACUUUCUACCCCGCUCUCGAACCGAUUACCACAUUGCGUACCCAAGCACCGAGCUAUAAUCCACAACCAUCGCCUAUUGCAUCAGCGGAAUCUUUCCAAAUCUUCUUUCACAGCACAUUGCUCAAUCGGCAAGACGAAGCCCAUUACUUCAACGAUUCGAAACAUGUCCGUCGUAGCCACUCCAACAGACCAAUUCUUUCUAUUCUCAAAAUCUGGAGAACAAGUGAUUCACAACAGCAUGACUGCAACAUCUCAUGAGCCUGCUAUCCACAGUUGCUUUGAAGAAAAAACGGGUACAUGGCAAUACAUAGUCGCCGACCCAUCUACGAACAAAGCCAUCAUCAUCGACGCUGUCCUAGACUACGACGCGAACUCCAGAACCGUUAGCACAUCAACUGCCGACAAUCUACUCGCCAUCAUAUUUCGCCAGGGGUAUCAAGUCGAGAGGAUUCUUGAGACGCAUGCACAUGCCGAUCAUCUCACAGCUGCCUCUUAUCUACAAAGCCGACUUUUGCAAAUCCAAGGAAUCAGGCCGCCGAUUUGUAUUGGGAAGCGUAUCCAUCAAGUUCAACAGUUGUUUGCUGCCAAAUACGGAAUUCCGACCGACGAGUACGAAAACGCGUUUGACCAUCUUUUCGAAGACGAUGAGUCGUUUGCUGUAGGGCAGCUGACGGUAAACGUCAUGCAUCUUCCAGGACACACCCCUGAUCACCUGGGAUACCAAAUCUCGAGUAAGUAGACGAAUGAGGAUCUGGAGUAAGAACAUUCAUGCUGAUCGAUGAGCAGAAAACGUCUUUUGUGGGGACUCCAUCUUCCAUGCAGACAUUGGCACAGCGCGGUGCGACUUUCCUGGGGGCAGUGCAAAGGACCUGUACACGUCGGCAAAGAAAUUGCUUAGUCUACCGGAAGACUUCAAGAUCUGGACUGGCCAUGAUUACCCAGCAUGUCCUGCACGGUGCGAAGCCGUUCCCUGGAUGACGGUUGGUGAUCAUCGGGAGAGAAACAAGCAUGUCUCUAUUGAUGUUGCAGAGGAGGACUUUCUCA